AAUCAGCUCCAGCAAGCAAAAGCCCAUUUGGUUAUCUUAUCCGGUUUUCAGUUUUCAGAAGCAAAUUCAUUUUAGGGCUUUGGAUGAUUUUUAGAGUUGCAUAUGAAACGGACACGUAGGUGGUGGAGCAAACAGAUAAAAAAACAUUGCACCUCACAUCAUGCAAUUGAACCAAUUACUAAAACACCUGACAGUGUCCCAAGUAACGAGAUUAGACGUUGGUAGCGUGAGACAUAUUAAUUAGCAGUCACCGCUCGGCCAUGUGCAGACACUAAACACUAGACAUGCAACCUCAAUUAAGCGUUAAAAGAAAAUGUGGUCAUUUAUAGGCAGAAGCAUUACAAUGAGAUGCCUGACUCUGCCCCAAUCACUCCCUGUUUCUCUUCUUUCAAUCAAUAAAACACACGUUUUCAGAUCGGGCUUCUCCUAUCCAUUUUGGAGGUCCACAGUUGGUUCCUUUUGUUCGACGUCUGGUGUGUUCACGCGAAUGGGGGAUAGAGGUGUUUCAGCGCUACAGAGCUUCCACAAUCAAGAUUCUAUAUCGUAUCUCUUGCAGCGGGAAGCCGCCGAGAUUGAUGAGACCCUCAUGGGUCCUCUUGGUUUCAGUGUCGAUCAGUUGAUGGAACUGGCGGGGUUGAGUGUCGCUACAUCAAUUGCAGAGGUUUACAGACCCAGUGAAUAUAACCGUGUUCUGGCUAUUUGCGGACCAGGGAACAAUGGUGGUGAUGGGCUGGUGGCUGCUCGUCAUCUACAUCAUUUUGGAUAUAAACCAUACAUUUGUUAUCCUAAGCGUACUCCCAAGCCUCUUUAUACUGGUCUGGUUACUCAGUUGGAAUCGUUGUCAGUACCUUUCUUGUCAGUGGAAGACCUACCAUUGGACUUGUCAAAUGACUUUGACAUUCUGGUGGAUGCGAUGUUUGGAUUCUCCUUCCAUGGUGCUCCAAGACCACCUUUUGAUGAUCUGAUACGGAGGAUGAUUUGUUUACACAACUAUGGCCAAACACGGCAGAAACCACCUGUCAUUGUCUCCAUAGAUAUUCCAUCAGGGUGGCAUGUUGAAGAGGGAGAUAUUGAUGGUGAAGGCAUUAAACCUGAUAUGCUGGUUUCUUUAACUGCUCCAAAGUUGUGUGCCAAAAAAUUUUCUGGUCCACACCACUUUCUGGGUGGUAGAUUUGUUCCACCAUUUAUUGCGGAUAAAUUUAAGCUUCACCUUCCACCAUAUCCUGGAACUGCCAUGUGUGUUCGAAUUGGAAAGCCUCCACAAAUUGACAUAUCAGCUCUCAGAGAGAACUAUAUUUCUCCAGAGUUUCUUGAGGAGUAUGUGGAAGCUGACCCCAUGGAUCAGUUUCGCAAAUGGUUUGAUGAUGCAGUGGUUGCUGGCUUGAAGGAACCAAAUGCCAUGGCCUUGUCAACUGCCGGCAAGGAUGGAAAACCGUCAUCACGGAUUGUACUGCUAAAGGGGGUCGAUAAGGAUGGUUUUGUCUGGUACACCAAUUAUGGAAGUCGAAAGGCACACGAAAUAUCUGAAAAUCCUCAUGCAUCACUUCUUUUCUACUGGGAUGGUCUUAAUCGACAGGUAAGAAUUGAAGGACCUGUCCAGAAAGUUUCUGAGUUGGAGUCUGAGCAGUACUUCCAUAGUCGUCCACGAGGAAGUCAGAUUGGAGCUAUUGUUAGCAAGCAGAGUACUAUAGUUCCUGGAAGGCAUGUUCUCCACCAAGAAUACAAAGAAUUAGAGAACAAAUUCUCUGAUGGAAGUAUGAUUCCAAAACCUAAAUACUGGGGAGGAUACAGGCUGAAACCUGAGCUUUUCGAAUUUUGGCAAGGACAGCAAUCUCGCUUGCAUGACAGGUUGCAAUAUUCACCUGAAGAGAUCAAUGGAAAACGAGUAUGGAGAAUUGAUCGGUUGGCACCCUGACUAGUAUCUCAAGCAUCUUCAUUAUGAAGUCUUACCUGUCAUGGCAUCCUUCCAUUUGUGCGUCUGUUGCAAGGUGCUUCUGUAAUGUAAAGAUAUGUCGUCUGUAAGGAUGUGCGAUGUAAUACAGUAAUAGCUUUAUUUUUUAUGCAUUGGGCAAAGAACAAACUGUAACCCAAUGAGCACAAUGCACUUGCUUUAAAACCCAAAAUAUGAUUAUAAAUCUGAGACCCACCCAUUUUUCCCAAGGAAA